AUGGUGCGGAUCGAAGAAGUUCAAGACGAGACGGAAAAGCUUCGGCAACAGGGUCUCUCAACUGAGAAGGACGAUGAUGAUGAAUGGGAGGCAACGGAUGCUGAUUCUGAUGAAGAUGAUCUGUCUGACGAUGAGGUCGAAGAGCGAGGCCUCGUUGUUGCUAAUGAGAGCUUCUGGGAACGGAUCUCUGCUUUGAAGGAUAUGCUCUCACCGGGUCUUAGGGCCAAGAUCUCAAGGACUUGGCAAUUGACCUCUGCUUAUGGCUUUUUCGGUGGAUGGGUAGCUGGCAAGCUUAUUUGGAUUGGUGUUACGUCUGCUCUCCUCGUAGGAUUGCCGUUUGCUCUGGCUGUUGAAGAUGAGAGUCGCUUUGCAGUGCAGGAGAAAGAAAUUGCAGCACAACAGCAAGGCAGCAGCAGCGGCGCACCAGGCACCCCAUUGGCACCGCCGGCUGGUGUAUCCGGCCAGUCACAAGGGUUGCGUCCUCCAGGCUUUUAA